AUGGGCGAGCAUAAUCUCCUGAAUCCCGGGUUUGUGGGGCCGCUGGUGAACAUCCACACGGGAGACACCUUCUACUUCCCCAACUUCCGCGCGUCCGGGGCGCAGCUGCCCGGGCUGCCUUCGCUGUCCUACCCGCGCCGCGACAACGUGUGCUCGCUGCCCUGGCCGUCGGCGGAGCCGUGCAAUGGCUACCCGCAGCCCUAUCUCGGCAGCCCGGUGUCGCUCAACCCGCCCUUCGGCCGCACGUGCGAGCUGGCGCGCGUGGAGGACAGCAAGGGUUAUUACCGCGAGCCGUGCGCCGAGGGCGGCGGCGGGGGCCUGAAGCGUGAGGAGCGCGGGCGCGACCCCGGCCCAGGAGUCGGGCCCGGGGCAGCGCUGCUGCAGCUGGAGCCGUCGGGGCCGCCUGCGCUCGGUUUCAAGUACGACUACGCGGCGGGCGGCGGCGGUGGCGACGGUGGCGCGGGACCCCCGCACGACCCGCCCUCGUGCCAGUCGCUGGAAUCCGACUCCAGUUCGUCCCUGCUUAACGAGGGCAACAAGGGCGCCGGCGCGGGCGACCCCGGCAGCUUGGUAUCGCCUUUAAACCCCGGCGGCGGCCUCGCGGCCAGCGGCGCGCCCUGGUACCCGAUCCACAGCCGCUCACGGAAGAAGCGCAAACCCUAUUCGAAGUUGCAGCUGGCGGAGCUGGAGGGCGAGUUUCUGGUGAACGAGUUCAUCACAAGGCAGCGCCGGAGGGAACUCUCAGACCGCUUGAAUCUUAGUGACCAGCAGGUCAAGAUCUGGUUUCAGAACCGCAGAAUGAAAAAGAAAAGACUUCUGUUGAGGGAGCAAGCUCUCUCCUUCUUUUAG